CACACUAAAGCAAAUGGCGAAUCUGAUCGAAAUUUUCGGAAAAAUUGUAAAUAAUUCUUGCGAUUGGAAAUGCAACUGUAUUGUGACAGGUCAGCAGAUGCUUGGCUAUAAACUGAAAAACUAAAACGAGAGCAGCCGCGAGAUCAAGAAGUGCGGAAGCAAAACGCACAAAUUCUGUGCAAACAACACGAACAAUAACAAAAGGAACAAGUAGGAGGUGGGAGUGGACUAACUGGCCCGUGGAGAGUGCGGAGCGCACACGGACUGCAAAGUGGCGUCGCUACUGAAAAUCAGGGCUGUGGCAGCAGCGGCGUCCAUGUCCCAGGGGCACCAAGGACGGCUCACCGAUAACAGCAUACGCACCACGACCAGGAGAGCGCAGCAGCAGCAGCCGGUGUGGUGUCGCCAACUGUGGCCUUAAGCAUGUAGUCUAGAAGCCAGAACCCGUUCUCUAACAAGCACAACAAGGAGGGAAUAUAUCCAACCGAAACAAAAACAUAAACAAAAUCAACCGACACCAAUGAAAAAUGUCACAAAGAGGUAAGCGCGGUAGUCAGCAUCACCAUCAGUCGCACCAUCCGCCACCGCCGCAGCAGCAGCGCAAGGAUGUUGAGCCGCAGCCGCCGCCUACGAAGCGGCGCAAAGGUAGGCCCCCCAACGGGGCGACCACGGCAACCAUAGCGGCAGCAGGAGCCAUCACUGGAUCUGUAACGGGACCUGUGACAGGAAUAGCGAGCUCGGGUCGAGUUCCGCUCUUGCCCCUGAACAACAGCAAGCAUGACGGCGAUCCAGAGGCCGAUCGGGAGACGGGAGCAGGAGGUGGUGGAGGAGGAGGAAUUGCGGCUGGUGCCGCCAGCAAUAGCAAAUCCAAGUCAACGAAACUUGCCAAGUCGACGAGCAAGUGCAAGUCGCAGGGGGCGAGUACGAGCAGCUCGUGGCAGGCGCGCUCCGUGGCGGACAUCAAGAUGUCGAGCAUCUAUAAUCGUAGCUCCACGGAAGCACCAGCUGAACUGUAUCGCAAGGAUCUCAUUAGCGCAAUGAAAUUGCCUGACUCGGAACCGCUGGCCAACUAUGAGUAUUUAAUUGUGACGGACCAAUGGAAGCAGGAGUGGGAAAAGGGUGUGCAGGUGCCCGUCAACCCAGACUCCCUACCCGAGCCAUGUGUCUACGUUCUGCCUGAGCCAAUUGUCUCGCCAGCACACGACUUUAAGCUUCCGAAGAAUCGCUAUCUGCGCAUUACCAAAGAUGAGCACUACACGCCGGAGCUGCACUACCUGACGAAUGUCGUUGCCUUGGCGGAGAACACUUGUGCCUAUGACAUAGAUCCUAUAGACGAGGCCUGGCUGCGGCUCUACAAUGGAGAUCGAGCCCAGUGCGGUGCUUUUCCCAUCAACGAGACUCAGUUCGAGCGAGUUAUCGAGGAGCUGGAGGUUCGUUGCUGGGAACAGAUUCAGGUCAUACUCAAGCAGGAGGAGGGCCUGGGCAUAGAGUUCGACGAGAAUGUCAUCUGCGACGUGUGCCGCUCGCCCGACUCCGAGGAGGCAAACGAAAUGGUAUUCUGUGAUAAUUGCAACAUCUGCGUUCAUCAGGCUUGUUACGGCAUUACAGCAAUUCCAUCGGGCCAAUGGCUUUGUCGAACCUGCUCCAUGGGCAUCAAGCCGGACUGCGUGCUGUGCCCCAAUAAGGGCGGUGCCAUGAAGUCCAACAAAUCGGGAAAACACUGGGCGCACGUCUCAUGCGCUCUAUGGAUUCCGGAGGUCAGCAUCGGUUGUGUGGACCGCAUGGAACCCAUCACGAAAAUCUCAAGCAUUCCCCAGUCGCGCUGGUCCCUAAUCUGCGUCCUCUGUCGCAAGAGAGUGGGCAGUUGCAUCCAGUGCUCUGUCAAGCCAUGCAAAACAGCCUACCACGUUACGUGCGCCUUCCAGCACGGCCUGGAGAUGCGGGCCAUCAUCGAGGAGGGCAACGCCGAGGAUGGCGUUAAGCUGCGCUCCUACUGCCAGAAGCACAGCAUGAGCAAGGGCAAGAAGGAUGGUGCCGGCGGUGCGACCAGCUCGCUGGCUAGCUCCAUGCACAAGGCGAACAAACUGACCUCGGGUGGGGGCGCGGAUGAGGGCAGCAAUGCGUGCGGAACGUCCGGAGAGGAUCUGCGGCGGCGGAAAAAUCACAGAAAGAAUGAACUGACGUCCGAGGAGCGCAACCAGGCGCGGGCGCAACGUCUGCAGGAGGUGGAGGCCGAGUUCGACAAGCACGUGAACGUGAAUGACAUCAGUUGCCAUCUGUUCGACCUGGACCACGACGCCAUCGUCGCCAUUUACAACUACUGGAAGCUGAAGCGAAAGUCCCGGCACAACCGCGAGCUGAUACCGCCCAAGUCCGAGGACGUGGAGAUGAUCGCUCGCAAGCAGGAGCAACAGGACCUGGAGAACCACAAGCUGGUGGUGCAUCUUCGCCAGGACUUGGAGCGGGUGCGCAACCUCUGCUACAUGGUUAGUCGCCGCGAGAAGCUGUCGCGCUCUCUGUUCAAGCUGCGCGAGCAGGUCUUCUACAAGCAGCUGGGAGUGCUGGACGAGGUGCGUCAGGACAAGCAGCUGACACAGUCGAAGGAAGACGAGAAGGAGCGCCCCUCCAUGGACCUGGACGCCAUUAUAUAUGCCAAUGACGGGCCCACGCUGUACGAUCGCUUCUACAGCUCGACGGCGGAGCAGACGGUGCCUGCACAGUACCAGGAUCUUAAGUACGUUCUGGAGCAGCUGAUGGGUAAGCUCCAGAGCGGCAAGCAAGCCAACAAGCGCGGUCGGGCCUCCCAGUCCCCCAACAAGCGGAAGCAGGUGGCGAAGACGUCACCCAGCAAGAAGCUCAACAACGGCGCCCUCAGCUCCCGCACAACCUCCCCCGAGAAGUCCGCUUCGGCGGCCAAAACGGGAUCCGCGGGCGGGAGUGUCAAAGGGCGAGCGGCACCACCCGGGAAGCCGCCUGCCGGGAGGCGUGCCUCAAAGAGCGGGGCGCCGGCGGGGACGUCGACCCAAAACAAAACCCAAUCCCACUCCAAUGCCCGGAGCAGUGCGUCCUCCCGUUCGUCUAGCGGCAGUUCGUCAUCGGGUGAUUCCAGUUCGGCGAACGGAAGCAGCAGUUCCGCCAGCUCCUCCGGCAGCGAUUCCGGAAGCGAGAGCGGAAGCUCCAGUCCCACAAGCGGAGCCUCGCGACGGAAGUCCUCUGCGGACAGUCCCCUCAAGAAGCAGAGCUACGCCCGAUCCGUGGAACAGCGGCAGAAGCGGCGUCAACGACGCCAGAGUCAAGCCGCUGCGGGUGCGUCUGCUGCGUCUCCGAAUACGGCCUCGGGAAGCAGUUCCAGCGACGAGGAGGACGAGCGGCGAAGAACCGGACCAGAGUCGGACAAAGGCUUCGCGCGACGUGGCCCCAUCCAUGACAAGUCAGUACCUAACAAGACCCAGCCCGCCAAAUCAAAGCCAGGAGCCGAUGCCACGCCAGCGAGAAGAAAACUGUCCACAGCGACGCGGGGCCUGGCCCAAAUGGACCGGGACGUCGAUGAGAGUCUGUCGAGCGACGAAAGUGAGGAGCUGCUGCCUCUGAGCAGAGACCGGCAGCGGGACUCCAAUCCGGCAGCCAACCGAAAGAUGGGCCAGCACAUCUAUUCCGACUCGGAGAAUAGCUCCUCCGAACCAGAGAAGGACCCGGAGGAGCUAACCACCGUGGAGAGCAAUGUAAGUGACUCGCAGAACCAGCAGAUUAUCAGGACGAAGGCGGCCAUGAAGGAGUUCGUGCCCGGGACGACACCGAGCACGCCCCUUGUGGCGGCGUCCGGCAAGGCGAAGUCUGGGCGGGACGCGAAGGAGCCAGCGGAGGGAGGGACGAGUUCCAGCAACAGCACAAAGCCAAAAACCAACUCCAAUACCAAGUUGCCAUAUCCGGCGGAUCUCCUGGUGGUGCCGCAACGGCAGGCCGCCAAGAAGGCAUCUGAGAACAUGCGUUCCACGAAUCUCGCCGCCACGCUCCAGCCCGAUGCCAACGACCGGUUGCGGGAACCGGACUCCAACUCCACCUCGUCACUCAGCAAGGGCAAGUCGAAGGAUUCCGGCUCGCGGUUAGUGCCGGAUCCUGACUCCAAAUCUAGUCUCGAAAAGGGUCGCACCAAGGAACAGCCUCCGAAGGCCGGCAAGGCCUCUGGAGAUCCACCUGCGGAGCGCGGCAAGCGCGGAAGACCGCCCAAGGUGCCGAGGGAACCGGCACCUGAUAAGGAUAAACCUGCUGCUUCUGCGCCCACCGAAGCGAAGUCCUCGGCUGCUGCUGCCAAGUCAAACUUUGCGGUCUCCCUGGUUCCCCAGCGGCAGGCUGCCAAGAAGGCGGCGGAGCAGCUGAAGAGCAGCAAGCCUGUCCAGGAUAGCUUCUCAUCCGCUAACGAGACCUCGGAGAAGGAUACCGCGGCGCCGGUGGCGUCUGUACCAGGAGGAGUAGCGGCGGCGCAGAGCUCGUCGCCGGUCAAGCCAACCAGACGAACCUCACAUAAGGAGACUUCCAUCACGCCGAAGGAAGCGACCCCCAAUAGGCGAAGGUCGAAGGAGGACGCGUCCUCUGGUGGCAAGACGACGAGUCCGCUGAAGCGUCGCCUUGCCGCACCGAAUCUCUCCAGCUCCAGCUCCGGCGACAGCGACAGUUCCAGUUCCUCGAGCAGCUCCGGCAGCAGCUCUAGCAGCGGCAGCCACAGCGACUCCGACAGCGAUUCGCCGGCUAGUGAAGCGGAGAAGCCGCCAGCGAAGCAGCCAGUGCCGGCUGGUGCCUCUUCCACCCCAUCAGUCGCCUCCAAUAUGCCAAAGCGUUUGCCCCGCAAGUCCGUCGACAAGCCAGCACCCUCGACGGCGGCACCAGCAGCGCCUCCCACGCCUCCUCCCCAGCCACCCGCGUCCCGGACCCGCCAGAACUCUACCACCAAAUCGCCAAAGACAUCUCCUCUGAAGUCAGUGGGAGCGACCAAGGAGGAUACAGUACCCAGCACGCCGAAGACGGUGCACAGGCGCCAGGCAUCCUUGGACGCCCAGUCGGAGCAGUCUGCCAAGAGGGCGACACGCGGCUCCAAGUCGCGUCCUCCCUCGCCGGCACAGAAGCAGUCCAGCUCCCCGGAGAAGUCCACCGCGCGACGCAAGUCCCGGGCCGACGAGUCUCCGAAGAAGGUGCCCAGCUUGGAGCACGAGAUCAACCAAAGGAAGGCUGCCAGUGGUAAGCUGGGCAGCGCCCUGGACAAGCUCCUGGGGAAGAAGCAGCAGCAGGUCAACAACGCUGCCGCCAGCUCGCCACCUCGAAAGUCCCGAACGCCCUCUCCAUCCCCGACGCCAACCCGGAAGGUAACCAGCCCAGAACCGGAGAAGGAGAAGCCCGACCCGGAGCCCGAGAAGCCGGAGCCGGAAGCGGAGCCAGAGCCAGAGCCGAUAGUAGCGGCCGAGGCCGGCGAACUGCCCAUGGACAUUGAUGAGGAGCUAACCACCGCUCCGACGCACACGCAGCUGUCGGCGAACGCCAGCAAGCUGGCGGACAUCAUCGACGAUGAGCGACCGCCCGCUGCCCCACUUCCCGCCUCACCCACUCCCACACCCACCUCGAACGAUGAGCUGUCCGAAGCUGGCAGCGACCUGAGCGAACGGCGGCGCAUCCGAUGGCGCUCCAGGCGGCGGAGAAGGAGACGAAGCGACGAGCCGGACGAGGAGCACACGCAUCACACCCAGCACCUGCUUAACGAGAUGGAGAUGGCCCGUGAGCUGGAGGAGGAGCGGAAGAACGAGCUGUUGGCCAACGCCAGCAAGUACUCCGCCUCCACGUCCUCUCCUGCGGUGACGGUCAUUCCGCCCGAUCCACCGGAGAUUAUAGAACUGGACUCCAACUCGGCCAACUCAGGAGUGGAUGCACAGCCGCUGGAGCAGCAGUCCUUGGGAUCCGCACCACCGCUCAUUGUACAGUCACCCGCGGCCGAUGUGGCGACUAGUUUGCAGCCCCAGCAGCUACCUCCGACCCACCAGUCCCUCAUGGACCCGCUGCCAGUGCCACACCUGACUCCCUCCAUGGGAGCGGCGUCAUCGGUUCCGUGUGCCCUGGAGGAGCCGAUUGUGGACGCGAUUCUGGACAUGGAGGACAGCAAGUUCAACAACUUUGCGUCGAGCAUUCUCAAUCCCCCGAAUCCGGGCCAGAUGAGCCUCAUCCCGACCAUGGACAGGGUGAAGUCGAUCUGCGAGGAGGACAGCAUCCAAGCCACGCGGAAUCUGUUGGAGAAGUUGCGCAAGACCAAGCGGAAGGCGCAGGACGAUUGUUGCUCCAAGGAGGCGGUGGACCUGCUGCCCCCCACGCCGGCUAUUCCAUCAGUGUUUCCCUUCCACAAUGCUGCUGACCCGGAGGAUAUCAUCCAUGUUCAGAAGGAGCAGCAGCAGCUUCAACAACAACAACAGCAGCAGCAUCAGCAACAACAACAACAACAACAACAACAAAGCUGUCUGUAUAGCAACUCCGGUCCCAAUUCGGUGGCGUCGCUGACGAUCAAGGACUCGCCCAUGACCGCCAACAGCGGCAGCUACGCCAAUAGCCUGACGAACACGCCCAACGCCACGCCGACCAACGCCACAAUGAGCAACAACCUGGGGCCGGGCAGUGGGUUCCAGGUGAACUUUGCCAACUCCCAGCAACCUCCGUCGCUGAGCAUCUUCCUGGAAAAGUCACCCCUCCAGAAGGGAUCAGCGUGUACGCUGGCCAGCAACGGAGGGGCCGGUGGCGCAGUGCCGCCCGGAUCCACGCCAGACUUUGUGGAUCUGGCGGCGGCGGUGGUGAAGAACAGCAUGACCGGCUUCCGAGGAGUGACGGCCGUGCCACCGCAUACCCGAUCCGGAGGCAACAACAAGAUAAACGACUACGAUGAGAACAGUCGCAUGCAGUCGCCCUUCGCAAGGAUUCCGUGGAACGAGAACGACCUCAUCGCGGAGAGAAGAAGCAGCUCCCCCAGUUCAGUCUCAGAAUCCAAUGAUCCGCCUCCCUCGGCAGCGGCAGCAGCAGCCGCGGCAUCCGUGGCCCGGAACAUGUCCUCCCUGGAGUCCUGCAAGAACUUCUUCAACAGCUAUCCGAGCGGAAACGGAGCACCCGCCAACGCAGUGCCAUCCAAUGCCGGAGCGCCCUUCAACCACGCCCCCCUGGUCAACGGAAUCGACAGCAUGCCCAUGUUCGGCAACACCACCGCACCUCCGCAGCAGCAGCGCACCACACCGACUCACCCGCAGCAACGUACUCCGAACAGCCAGUACAACGGAGGCAUCUACCCCCAGCUGGCGGCCAUGAUGCAUCCGCAGGCAGCAUCCACGGAGAACUCCCCCAGCCUAUAUGGAAAUGGCGGAGUGGGCGUGGGUCCUGUACCGGCGGCCCUACCACCCCAGGCCCAGGCGACCCAGUACUCCGGAACGCCCUACUCCACGCCCACUUUGGGAUUGCUGCCCGUGCCCCAGCAGCAGCAGCCCUCGCACCCGCCUGUCGCCGUUCCUGUCCAGAGCACAACCACCCCGAACCACCAGUUCGCCCUCACCUCACCUGUGGACGGAAAAAUGCCCGUGUACCCUGGACCAUUGAUGAGCAGCUGUGCGGAAGCAGCCUCCAUGAUGCCGCCAACGCCUCCAGUGCCUCUUCCCGUUCCAGUGCCAGUGGCGGCCAAAGAUUCGCCCAACAAGCGGAACAGUGCCAGUGGCGGGAACUCGAUCAAGAAGCAGUCGCACAAGUCGCCCCAAGUGCCGCCUGGCAAGUCGCCAGGAAAGUCGCCACGGCAGCCCCUGCAGCCGCCGACGCCACCGACUCCCGCGCCUGUGGUGAACCUGCCCCAGGUCAAGUACGACCCGCAAACGCACACGCUGCAGGGUAAGCCUCGGCAGCGCGCUCCUCGCGGCAGCGGAGCCUCCGGGUCGCAGGGCAGGGGUCGCGGACGAGGACGAGGUCGGGGCCGGGGAGCCGGGGCUUCGAGCGGAAUACCCAUGACGUUGCCACCCCCCAUGGCGGACUACGGAAGCAAUACCCACAUCGUGAACAACCUCGUUGGAACGCCGUUCGAGUUCAACAACUACGACGACGACAUGGCUGGGCCGGGAGUGGAGAACCUGCAGUCUCUGAGGGACCGGCGAAGGAGCUUCGAGCUGAGAACGCCGCGCGGCCAAAACAAGGCAACGACCACGCCAAGCACAAAUCCCCUCCUGCACCCGGUGCUACCGGGACCAGUGGACAUGCGAACGUACAACCUCGGAUUCGAGGCGCAGCUCAGCACGGCAUCCCAGGAGGCCUACCAGAACAACCUGCUGGGCGCCUUCGACUCCGGCACGGCGGACCAAACGCUGAGCGAGUUCGACGAGGAGGACGAGCGCCAGUUCCAGUCAGCCCUGCGGGCCACGGGCACAGGCACCUCCCCGAGCAAGCAACCGGCCGUGCCGGUGGCUCCUGUCGUGCCUCCAUCCGCGCCCAACCCGCAGCCCAACGCAGCGAAUCUCUUGCUGCACUCCACGGAGGCGAACCAGAUGGCGCCCAGCACCGUGACCACUUCGGCAGCCACGCACUUGGUGGAGGGCUCCCUGGUGGAGGCCUCAAUGGAGGCGACUUCGGAGGAGGUGUCCAUCGACUCGGACACGACGAUACUCCAGAGCAAGGCGAUGAUCUCCGACGCGCGAAGCCAGCUGAAGCUGAAGAUCAAGAGCCCGCUGGCCUACCCCGAGCACUACAACUCCAUAACGAACAGCAGCACCCUCAGCCUGACCAGCACUCUGGUGCAGUCUUCCAACGCGGUCCAGGCUACCGUCUCCACCUCGACGGUGGUGAGCGCCUCCUCGGCGGUCAGCGGCAACUCACGGCGCAUGCGAAAGAAGGAGCUCCUCAGCCUGUACGUGGUGCAGAAGGACAACCUGAACGACGACAGCUCCUGCGGCCUGCCAGCCGCCUCGGACAGUGUGCCGCUCGAGAACCUGCUGCGCAAAUCGGAGGAGAAGGAGGAACUGGGCGGCAUUGGAAAUGCCUCAAAGCGGUCCAAGAAGAAUUCGAGCAGCAGUCGGGAGCUGCGAGCCCUCGACGCCAACUCCCUGGCUGGACUAGGAGAGGACCAGCUGGGCACCAUACCGGGAGCAGGAACAUCUUCCGGCGACGGCCGGAGGCGCAGCGCUUGCAGCUCGGGCAGCAACAACGACAGCGGGAAGACGGGUGCGGCCAGCAGUGCAGGUAAGCGACGUGGACGGAGCAAGACACUCGAGAGCAGCGAGGACGACCACCAGCCGCAGAAGCUGAAGAUCAAGAUCCGGAACCUGGCAGCCAAUGAACCUCCGGCUUCUUCCGGCACCGGCGAGGCUCAGGGCUACAGCUACGAGAUGUCCCGGCUGACCUGUCCGCCCAAGAAGCGCCUUACAAGCAACUUCAGCACUCCGACGCUGGAGGAGAUCAAGCGCGACUCGAUGAACUAUCGCAAGAAGGUGAUGCAGGACUUCGACAAGGGAGAGGACACCAGCAAGAAGGAGGUCCUGGCCCUGGCCAUCGGUGGGGAUCCCCUGGUAAUGCCCCAGCCGCCUACCAAACGUCCCAAGUCUUCCAAGCCCAAAAAGGACAAAAAGGAGAAGAAGCGCCACAAACAACUGAUCCUGAGCAGCAGUUCCACCAUCGCCACCACCAUGACCAGCACGCUGAUCGAGAACACGGCCAACACCUCGCCGGGCGACAAGCCGAAGCUGAUUCUCCGUUUCGGAAAACGAAAAACGGAGACCACGACCACAACAAAGAUAGCUUCGGUGGACCAACCGCCGGCGGUGGAGGCGCCGCUCCGUCUCAAGAUAGCCAGGAACUCCUCUGGCGGCGGUUACAUCAUCGGCGCCAAGCGGGAGGAGCCUCCGCCACCGGAGAGCGAGUCCCCGAUGACCGAGCUGCCGAUGGUGGCGCCCCUCGGGGAGACCUCUCCCUCGGAGAGGCUUAUGCUCAACAGCUUCACGCCGCACUCCCAGAACGCGAACGCCUCGCCCGCCCUGCUGGGCAAGGACACUGGCACCCCCUCCCCGCCCUGCCUGGUGAUUGACUCCAGCAAAAGCGCCGAUGUCCAGGACUCUACUUCCCUGCCGGAGAGCGGAAUGGGCUUGUCGGGCGGGAUGGGUGUGCCGGUGUCCCUCGUGGGAGCCACCACGCCGCUGUGCGUCAAUGUGGGCAACUAUGAGAACAGCAAUAACUCGCUGCCCUCGGCCAGUGGCACCGGAUCGGCCUCCAGCAAUUCCUGCAAUAGCAACUCGAACAACAACAAUAACGGUAGCGGAGGAGGCGCCACCAGCGAAGGAGGCAGCUUACUUCCAUUGAAAAAAGACUGUGAGGUUAGAUGAUAAUCAUAAGAAGUGCGAGGCAGCCAUGUCCUUGAGCGCGUGUCCUUGUCCUUGUCCAGCGUCCUAUAUCCUUUAUCCUAUACCUAUAUCCUACAUCCAUUAAGUAACCAACUUGCGUUGUCAUUGAUCGAGCCCGACCCGGCAGUCUUAAUUUGUACAGUUAGUUUGUAAGAAACGCCCAAUCCUCCCAAUCCAUAUAUAUCUGCCCCUGCCCCAAAAAUUGAUUUGUUGUAAUCGCAUGAGCGUAAACAAGAUAUUAUCUAUAUAUACUUAUAUUAUAUAUAUAUAUACCUUUGAUUAGUAUGCAUAUACAUGUAGAGAGGGGAUUAUGAUGAUGUACAGUGAGGCCUCACUGCGGAAACAGGAAAUGCUAAAUUGUACAGUUUUAGUGAAGCGAAUUCUAACAUUAAGAUUCUGUAAAUUACUGUAUUAAAGUUAUAAAA